AUGGCCUUCCCGUCAAUUGAUCCAACAAUGCUACCUCAACUCUCCGGUCUGCUCUCCAUUGGCCUUUUGGCCAGCGGAGCCGCGUCCGCGGCUUGCAUCAGGAAGGGCUUCGUCACGGUCAAGGGCACAAAGUUCCAGCUCGAUGGCGAAGACUUCAACUUUGCGGGUAGCAAUGCCUACUACUUCCCUUUCGACAACAACCAAGCCGAUGUCGAGGCCGGCUUGACGGCAGCCAAGGACGCCGGGUUGAAGGUCUUCCGCACAUGGGGCUUCAACGACAAGAACGUCACGUACAAUGCUGGUGGUCUACCCCAGUAUGGCGGCGAGGGUGCUGGCGACACAGAUAUCGUCUUCCAGAGAUGGGAGAACGGCACUUCCACCAUCAACAUUGAGGCCUUUGACAAGGUCGUCAACGCAGCGGACAAGGUCGGCAUCAAGCUGAUUGUCGCGCUCACCAACAACUGGGCCGAUUACGGCGGCAUGGACGUCUACACGGUCAACCUGGGUGGGAAAUACCACGACGACUUCUACCACGUCCCCGCGAUCAAGGACGCCUUCAAGCGCUACGUAAAAGAAAUGGUCACCCGCUACAAGGACUCGCCAGCCAUCAUGGCCUGGGAACUCGCCAACGAACCCCGCUGCGGCGCAGACGGCACCCGCAACCUCCCCCGAAGCGACGACUGCACGCCCGAGCGCCUGGGCGCCUGGAUCACCGAAAUGAGCGCCUACGUCAAGUCCCUCGACAACAAGCACCUCGUAACCUGGGGCGGCGAGGGCGGCUUCAACAUCGAAUCAGACGACUGGGCGUACAACGGCGCCGACGGGAGCGACUUUGACCACGAGCUCGCGCUGCCGAAUAUCGACUUUGGCACGUUCCACUCCUACCCUGACUGGUGGAGCAAGACGGUCGAGUGGACGGAGCAGUGGAUCCGGGAUCACGCGGCGUCUGGGAAGAAGGUUGGGAAGCCGGUUGUGCACGAGGAGUAUGGAUGGUUGACGGCCGAUAAGAGGCUUGAGUACCUUGGCAAGGUGGACGACACGCCGAGGACAGAGGUGCUGGGCAAGUGGCAAGCGAUUUCGCUGGAGGAGGAGAUGCCGGAUAUGUACUGGCAGUACGGGUUCUCCAACUACUCGUAUGGUCGCAACCAUAAUGAUGGGUUCACCAUCUACCUGGAUGAUGCCGAGGCCCAGCCGCUUGUUUAUGAGCAUGCCGCCAAGGUCAACGCCCUUUAG